CGGAGAAUGGCGUUCCGAUCGAACUGGAUUCGGUGAUAGUGUUUCGAAGAGAGCGGUUUCUUUGUUUCCGGAUCUCAGCGAAUCGUCCAGUUUUACCGAAGGCAACUAUCAUUCAAUUGCGCGAGUUAACUAUGGACAAAAGACAUCUCGCGACCGUAUAAAAUCGUAGUCAAAUUGAUUCAGCGCUGAGCGCCGUGUCAGUGUUGCGUGGAAACAUCGGUGGCGUUUUGUGGGCGCACGUUGCGCUAGACGCCGUGAAGUCAGGUGAAAUUUGCGUUUUCGUCUGUGGUUCAUGCGCACUGGAUGGAGACGAAGGUGACAAAACGAAAUUCUGGUGGCGCUGCGCAUCGCCGCGUUGCGUAUUCAUCACCAGGGACGCAAGUACACCGUGGAACUGGUCUGCUCUGGUUCACGUGCAGCGUCUGUUUCAUUUUAAGUCUAAUCUGCAUAUGCUUGGCUACGUUGUUGGUUCUCCUCGAUCAGAAAGUCGAAGCCGCCAGCUAUCAGUACUCUCACGCCAUCAUGAAUAAGGAACCGAUUGACGAGCUGACCUUCCGGCUGCCGCAAGGCAUCAAGCCGUUGCACUACGAUGUCUACCUGCAUCCGGACUUGGAAAAAGGCACCUUCCAAGGUAAAGUGACGAUUCUGAUCGAAGUCUUCGACAGCAGGAGUUACAUAGCCGUUCACCAGAAGGAUCUAAACAUCACCUCCACGAAUCUGAAGACCCACAACUGGGAGAAGAACUACGAGAUCGAGGUCCUGAACACUAUAGAAAUGCCAAAGAAUGAGAUGUUCGUGGUAUCCACGAAAGACGAGCUUGAAUUGGGACUGUAUAACUUGACUUUCGAGUUUAAUGGCGCACUGCAACCGGAUAAGAUCGUUGGAUUUUAUUCGAGUAAAUACAAGGACGCGCAGAACCGUACUAGGUAUAUCGCUACCUCUAAGUUCGAGCCAACUUACGCUAGAAGAGCAUUCCCGUGUUUCGAUGAACCAGCAUUCAAAGCUGAGUUCACGGUGAAGCUUGUUCAUCCUACUGGCGACUGCUACAGUGCCUUAUCUAAUAUGAAUGUUAAGAGUACUGAAAUAAACGAACCGUCUCCCGGAUUGACGACAGUGACUUUCGCGAAGAGCGUGCCAAUGUCUACGUACCUAUCGUGCUUCAUAGUCAGCGACUUCGUCGCCGUUUCUAGCAUGGUAAAGAACCAUGAUGGCCGCGAAUUUCCGGUCAGCGUGUACACCACGGCUGCUCAAAAAGAAAAGGGUACUUUUCCCCUUGAAAUAGCUGUGAAGGUGAUCCAGUACUACAUCAGUCUCUUCCAUAUUGGUUAUCCGUUGCCAAAGCUUGAUAUGGCAGCUAUUCCUGAUUUUGUAUCCGGUGCAAUGGAGAACUGGGGGCUAAUUACUUACAGGGAAGCAAGACUAUUGUACGAUAGUAAGACCAGUUCCACUGCAAACACGUAUGAUAUUGUCAGCGUGAUCAGUCAUGAACUCGCACAUAUGUGGUUCGGAAAUUUAGUUACUAUGUCCUGGUGGCACGACCUGUGGCUCAACGAAGGUUUUGCGUCCUUCAUGCAGUAUAAAAGCGCUAAUGCAGUUCUUCCAGACUGGGGAUGGAUGGAAUUGUUCCUAAUCGAACAAAUGCACACUGUUUUCGUAACUGAUUCGAAAUUGAGUUCCCACCCGAUAGUUCAGACUGUCAAUAACCCUGAUGAAAUCACUGCCAUUUUCGACGAUAUAUCGUACAAAAAGGGAUCGUCACUAAUUCGAAUGAUGGAGCACUUCAUUAAAGCCGACGCCUUCUACUUCGGAAUCUACAGGUACCUAGACAAAUUUACAUAUGGCAACGCAGAAACAGCAGAUCUGUUCAAAAUUCUCGAAAAUGUCUCUCCGGUUCGUUUGAACGUUACCGAAAUCAUGGAUACAUGGACCAGGCAAAUGGGUUUCCCAGUGGUUAACGUAAAGAAAUCCGAAAACAAGUACAUCCUAACUCAGAAACGGUUCCUGGCUGAUCCUGACGCUGAAUUUGACUCGUCAGAUUCCGAAUACGGUUACAAAUGGACUAUCCCCAUUACCUACAUCACAAAUAAAACGUCCGAGCCAACUCUCGUGUGGUUCGACAAAAACGCAACUGAGUUAGUAAUCGAAUUAAACGACACAAUCGACUGGAUCAAAUUCAACGCGGAGGAAGUUGGUUAUUACCGCGUUAAUUAUGAACCGUCCGAAUGGGAAACUAUUAACCAUCUUCUCAAAUAUUACCACAAAAGAUUAUCAGUAUCGGAUAGAGCCCAUCUUCUUGAGGAUGCAUUCAGUUUAGCAGCUGCUCAAGAACUUGAUUACGGUGUUCCUAUGAACAUGACAGCGUAUCUUUCUCAAGAACACCAUGCGGUUCCUUGGAAAGUAGCUGAAUCAAAACUGACAGCUAUUGACACUCUGCUAUCGUCGACUAACUUAUCAUCGAAAUUCAAAAGAUACGUAAGAGACUUAGUAGACAGCGUCUAUCAUGAAGUAGCUUGGCAAGUGGAACCAACCGAGGAUCGUAUCACUCUGAGACUUAGAACGUCCGUUCUUGGGCUAGCUUGUUCCGUGGGACACGAAGAGUGUCUCGAAGACGCUGGCCAGAUAUUCACGAAGUGGAUACAAGAUCCAAAAGACAUUCGCCCUCAUCCCGACAUCCGUGCGCUAGUUUACUAUUACGGAAUGCAUAAUAUUGGCGAUGAAGCGUCUUGGAAAAUUAUGUUUGAUCGAUUCGUCGCUGAAACGGACUCGACUGAGAAACUAAAGCUGAUGAGAGGAUUGGCAGGAAUAAGGUCUACUUGGAUCUUGAAUAAAUUCAUCACGACAGCUACCGAUGAGAAUUAUGUUCGAUCUCAGGACUUCUUUGGUUGUCUGUCUGCUAUUUCAGGGAAUCCAGUUGGAACUCCUUUGGUGUGGGAUUGGGUACGAUCUAAUUGGGAGUUUCUCGUGAAUAGAUACACUUUGAAUGAUAGAAACCUUGGCGCUUUAAUCCCUGGAAUUACUAAGACCUUCGCUACAGAGACGAAAUUAAAUGAGAUGAAGGAAUUCUUUGCAAAGUAUCCAGAAGCGGGCGCUGGAGCAAGGAACCGUGCUAAGGCGCUUGAGACAAUUUCGAACAACAUGAAGUGGCUCGCUAAAAACACUGAUAGAUUGGAGGAUUGGUUGAAUAAUCACGUGAAAAGUAAUUGAGCGUGACGUACGCGUGAAACGUUGAUGAUUUACGCCAAAGAACAAUUCCUUUGGAAGGAUUUGAAGAACGGGCGAACGGAUCGUGUAUAUAAAUAAAAUAAUACUCGAUGAUUCUGAAUUAUUGUCGGGAAUGUUUGUUGUAAUUGUUUUAAUGUGUGGUUGUCAAGGGUUGUCACUUUGGAUAGCUACAGUGAUUAAAAAUUUCAGUCAUUAAACAUUUUUUGAAUUUAUGUUCUUUAGAAUUAUUCUUUGUAACAAUAUCUUAUAUUCCGAGACAAUAAUUUAGAAUCACUUGAUAUUGUAAGAGUUUUGAAUGGAAGACCAGUGUCGAAGAAACGGGGACAACGAAUCCGUGGGACUGAAGUUGUUUAUUUGCAAUACUGUUAAAAAAUCAAAAGGCCAUACUUAUAAAUAUUCAUAACUGUUGAUAUUCUCUACAUCGAAAUUUCUUUAUAAUAAGAUGUCUGUCGUAACAUCUACAGUUUUACAUUUUACUGGGAGAAAAAGAAUUCAGAAGAAUUUGUUCUUCAAGCGUUUACCGUUUUAUUCAAAUGUCGAACACGAAAACCGAUCAGGGUCCACCGAAUGCAUUUAGCUUGUGAAUACAUUACCUCGUCUGUUUUGUAUGAAACGUAAGAUUAUAUGUCUUCAGCUUAUGUUAAAUACAUUUUUUUAUGAAACA